AUGAGCCAAACACCAAUCGUAGAACCACAAACCCCAGUAUCUGAAUCGACUACAGUUUCGAAAACAACAGAUGGUGAAUCCAGUAAAACAACAAUGAGCCAAACACCAAUCGUAGAACCACAAACCCCAGUAUCUGAAUCGACAACAGCUGGAAAAACAACAGAUGGUGAAUCCAGUAAAACAACAACGAGCCAAACACCAAUCGUUGAACCACAAACCCCAGUAUCUGAAUCGACAACAGUUUCAAAAACAACAGAUGGUGAAUCCAGUAAAACAACAAUGAGCCAAACACCAAUCGUAGAACCACAAACCCCAGUAUCUGAAUCGACUACAGUUUCAAAAACAACAGAUGGUGAAUCCAGUAAAACAACAACGAGCCAAACACCAAUUGUAGAACCACAAACCCCAGUAUCUGAAUUGACAACAGCUGGAAAAACAACAGAUGGUGAAUCCAGUAAAACAACAAUGAGCCAAACACCAAUCGUAGAACCACAAACCCCAGUAUCUAAAUCGACUACAGUUUCGAAAACAACAGAUGGUGAAUCCAAUAAAACAGCAACUAGUAAAGCACCAUUCGUAGAGCCAAAAACCUCAGUAUCUGAAAUGACAACAGUUUUGAAAACAACAGAUGGUGAAAUCCAGUAA